AUGCAUCCUCGUGCAACAUUUCACGAGCACCACAGCUAUUGGAGUAACAAUUAUAAAGCUUUAUACAAAAUUACUACUGAAAAGAACGAUUUCAUAAAUUUCGUCUUAAUGUUUUCAAGUUUGUUUAAUCUGUUAUUAUUGGUACAUUUCCUUUUUCUCUGGUGCCACCUUAGUAAUUCUGCCGUUGACGCUACAAUAAUUGUCGUGGCUACUAAUGUCACAUACCAAGAUCGAAUAGCCGCGUUCGGUCCACGUCUAACCGAUGAAGGAUUUUCCGGCUAUCUUGUCUCGGUAGAAACCAUCGAGGAAGGCAAUCAGAAGGGUUGCAGUAUUCUUAAAAAGAAGGUUAACACUGAAAAUUGGAUAGCUCUUGUCGAACGCGGUCAAUGUUCUUUUAUUGAUAAAGUUCGAAAUAUGCAAGCAUCAGGUGCUAUUGCCGUAGUGGUUGGGGACAACGAACACAACGGGCUAAUAACUAUGUAUGCCACUGGCGAUACUUCGGAUGUAAAAAUCCCUUCUGUCUUUAUUGCUCAAAACGAAUAUAGAGAUCUUCGACCUCGCGCUUUAAUUGCAGAAAAACCGCUGGAGAUAAAACUCAUGAAAGAUGAUCUUUUUCAGUGGCCACUGCUAGACGUUAUCAUUGUCGUUAUUCUUUCACCAACAGUGAUGAUGAUCUUUAUAUAUGUCUUAUGGCGCAUUCGCCAACGUCAAAGACGCAAGCAGGAUAUUGCUCCACAACAGGUUGUUGGGAAUUUGCCGACAAAAAUAUUCUUUGAAUCAAAAAGACAAGAAAAUGAUCCUCAAGAAUGUUGCAUUUGUUUAGAGGAUUAUGUUGACGAAGAUGAACUGAGAAUUAUGCCGUGCAAACAUGAAUUUCAUGUCGCAUGUAUUGAUAGUUGGUUAACUACGAGAAAGAAAUUUUGCCCUAUUUGCAAACGUGAUAUUUGUACACCAACAGAAGAGACACCUUUAUUAUCAAACCAAGAACCAUCUCCUUAA